AAACAGAGCCUUAACUUCAGGAAGUCUCUUUGGGCGUCAUGGUUGGGCAGCGUACGAAAUCAAGUCACACGACUCAACGACAACUCCACCUGUGACCAUCUCAGCGAGCCAUCGGCGCUUCGCUCUUCUUCGUUUUCGACCGAGUCAACGAUCUCCCUCCCCACAAACUCACCUCAUUAUUGCCUCUCUUCUUUUUUCUAGAGAGAGAGAGAGAGAGAAACACACACACACAAUUCAAUUCAAUUCAAUUCAAUUCGAGAGAGAUAGAAUGGCUUUGUUCAGAAAGCUCAUCCAACUCUCCUCCACAGCCAGACAAUCAUCAUCACUUAAGCCCAAGUUGAGUGUGACACCUUCUCUAGCCCUAGCCGGUUCGUUUUGGGGGUUCAGCACGACGAGUAGGCAAGCCGGGUUGGGUCCGACGAAGCCCGACGAGAAGCCGAGGGUGGUGGUGUUGGGAUCCGGGUGGGCCGGUUGUAGGUUCAUGAAGGGGAUUGACACCAAUCUCUACGACGUGGUUUGCGUAUCACCUAGGAACCAUAUGGUUUUCACUCCCCUUUUGGCUUCCACCUGCGUCGGCACUCUCGAGUUCCGCUCCGUCGCCGAGCCCAUUGGCCGGAUUCAGCCUGCCAUUUCUUCUGAACCCGGUUCUUACUUCCUUCUCGCCAAUUGCACUGGCCUUGAUCCCCAUAACCACGCGGUGCAUUGCCAAACUGUCACUGAUGGAGCAGAUAGCUUGGAUCCAUGGGAUUUUAAAAUCUCUUAUGACAAGUUAGUCAUUGCGGCUGGAUCUCAACCUUUGACUUUUGGAAUUAAGGGUGUAACUGAGCAUGCAGUUUUCCUUCGUGAAGUUUAUCAUGCUCAGGAAAUCCGGAGGAAAUUACUCCUAAACUUGAUGUUGUCUGACGUGCCUGGAGUUACUGAGGAAGAAAAGCGUAGACUUCUACACUGUGUUGUUGUUGGUGGUGGUCCAACGGGAGUGGAGUUCAGUGGUGAACUUAGUGAUUUUAUCAUCAAGGAUGUACAUCAAAGAUAUGCCCAUGUGAAAAAUUAUAUUCAUGUUACGUUGAUUGAGGCAAACGAGAUAUUAUCUUCUUUCGAUGAUCGCCUCCGGAAAUAUGCGACAAAGCAGUUAGUAAAGUCAGGAGUUCGACUUGUUCGUGGUAUUGUGAAGGAUGUUCAAUCUGAGAAGAUAAUACUUAAUGAUGGUACUGACGUUCCCUAUGGGCUAUUAGUAUGGUCUACUGGUGUUGGUCCCUCAGAUUUCGUAAACAAUCUUGAACUUCCCAAAGCUCCUGGUGGCAGGAUUGGUGUUGAUGAGUGGCUACGUGUCCCUUCUGUUCAGGAUGUGUUCUCAAUUGGCGACUGUAGUGGGUUCCUUGAAAGUACGGGCAGACCAACCCUUCCAGCUUUGGCCCAGGUUGCAGAGCGGCAAGGAAAAUAUCUAGCAAGUCAACUGAACAAGAUUGGUAAAGCUGGUGGGGGACAUGCAAAUGCGGCAAAAGAUAAUGAAUUAGGAGAACCGUUUGUCUACAAGCAUUUGGGGAGCAUGGCAACUAUUGGCAGUUUCAAGGCUCUCGUGGACCUCAGGCAGAGCAAGGAGGGGAAAGGGUUAUCUAUGGCAGGGUUUGUUAGUUGGUUUAUUUGGCGCUCUGCGUAUCUCACGCGUGUCUUAAGCUGGAGAAACCGAUUCUAUGUGGCAAUCAACUGGGCUACAACUUUUGUUUUUGGCCGUGAUAUAAGCCGGAUAUAGAUUGGAGUAGAGAAAGAACAAACGGUUUCGAUGACAGGCUCCAUAGUUAUUUGGCCUUUUUAGACCAUACUCCUGUCUUGCGGGAAUUGGUGCACCAUACUUGUCCACGACUCUGAUGAGUUUUUCCAUGUGUGAUCGGGAAUGGGAUGCGAUGAAAUAGUUGCAUACUGUGUGAUUUGCUUCGAGCAUUUAUGUGAUUUUCACUUAAUAGUAGCAAUGUGAAGAAUGUAAGUUGGGGUUGCACAGAUGAGCUUGGAAUGAAGAAACUAGUGAUGCAUGUUUUCCCAUUCGGAUAUACUACUAGUUCUAUAAUUUUUUUUUGUUGGCUGUCGACAAUUUCACAAUCCGUCUUACAAUUUUUUCAUUGUGAACUUAAUAAUCCUUGGUAUUUUGUAUUGAAUUUUGUCGCUGAGCAAUCAUUCAGGAGCGCACUGGUAAUAUAUCUUCGGUCUUUUGUAUUGAAUUUUUAUAAGAAAUGCUGAGCAUUCAUUCAAGAGCACACUUGGCAAUAAGAAUUCAAGCUGUAGUGGAAGAGGAACUUCUUGUGUUCCAAAA